CAGAGCUUAGGCAGAAGACAUGUCACAAAGGGAGGAUGCCAUCAAAUUCGAGACAGGGCGUAUUAAAGCUCUACAGGAAGAGCGCCUUCACAUUCAAAAGAAGACUUUUACCAAAUGGAUGAACUCCUUCCUACAAAAGGCCCGCAUGGAAGUGGAGGACCUCUUCACAGACCUUGCGGACGGGAAAAAGCUGCUGAAACUGCUAGAAAUAAUUUCUGGGGAAAAACUAGGCAAGCCCAAUCAUGGAAAAAUGAGGGUACACAAGAUAGAAAAUGUAAAUAAAAGUCUCGCAUUCUUGCACACAAAGGUGCGGCUGGAGAGUAUUGGUGCAGAAGAUAUUGUUGAUGGUAACCCCAGGCUAAUAUUAGGUUUAAUAUGGACUAUCAUUUUAAGAUUCCAGAUUCAAGAAAUUGAAAUUGAUGUUAAUGAGGAUGAUGAAAGCAGUGAGAAAAAGUCAGCUAAGGAUGCUUUAUUGUUAUGGUGCCAAAGAAAAACUGCUGGCUAUGCUGGUGUGAACAUCCAGGACUUCCAUGUGAGCUGGCGGAGUGGUUUGGGAUUCAAUGCACUCAUCCACAAUCACCGUCCCGACCUCAUCAACUUCUCCGCUCUCCAGAGCAACAGCCACAUACAGAAUCUCAAUAACGCCUUCGAUAUUGCCCAGAAGGAGCUGGGGAUCCCACGUCUGCUGGAUGCAGAAGAUGUGGAUACCUCGAAACCUGAUGAAAAAUCUGUGAUCACAUAUGUUGCCUCAUACUAUCAUACAUUUGCCAGAAUGAAGAGUGAAAUGAAGGGAGGAAAAAGAAUAGCAAACAUUGUCGGCCAGCUGAUGGAAGCCGACAGGCUCAAAAGCAACUACGAACGUUUCACGACCAAGCUUUUGGAGUGGAUAGAAGUCAAAACCAAACAGCUAGAUGACAGAAACUUUCCCAAUUCCUUGGAAGGUAUUCAGAAAGAGCUUUUAAGGUUCAAAGAAUACAGAACUGUCGAAAAACCACCAAAAUACAAAGAAAGGAGUGAAAUAGAAGCUCUACUGUUCUCCAUUCAAACGAAAAUGAAGGCCCUUGGGCAACCUCUCUAUGUCCCUCCCGAAGGUCAGUUGGUUCAUGACAUUGAAAAAGCCUGGGAUGAACUUGAAAAAGCAGAGCAUAGGAGAGAAGUGGUACUGAGGGAAGAGCUGCUGAGGCAAGAAAAGCUGGAAAAUCUCGCCUACCGAUUCGAACGAAAGAGUGUUGUUAGAGAGGGCUAUCUAAAAGAAAUGAUCCAGGUGCUUUCCGACCCAAGGUAUGGUAGUAAUUUGUCACAAGUAGAAGCUACUGUUAAGAAACAUGAAGCAAUCAGUGCAGAUAUCCUUGCUAGGGAAGAGAGGUUUAAAAAUUUAACUACAAUGGCUGAUGAGCUUGUAACGGAAAAUUAUCACAGUAAAGAACGAAUUAAAUUAAGAGAGCAAGAAGUUAUGCAAAGGUGGCAUUAUCUCUUAGAACUUCUAAAGAAGCAUCGUUCAACAUUGACUAAUCUAAGUAAUUUAAUGACCAUGCUCAGAGAAAUAGACACCAUCACAGCUGAAAUAAAAGAUAUGGAGGGUAGUUUUUAUACCGAAGAUUUGGGCAGGCAUCUUCUGUCUGUGGAAGAUUUACUUCAGAAGCAUAGUCUUGUAGAAGCACACAUUGCUUCUCAAGGAGAUACCAUACGCAAGCUCAACAAUCAAGCGCAAAGCUACAUCGAUGAUGGCCACAAAGAAGCUCCGAUUUUGCAGAAAAGAUUGAAUAAGUUGAAUUCUGAAUAUGAUAACCUCGUGAGUCUGUCUGCCGGUCGGCGUACUAAACUGGAAGAAUCUCGCACCUAUUACCAGUUUGUACAGGACCAAGAGGAGGAAGAUGCCUGGGUUGUUGAGAAACAGUACAUUUGCAAAGCUGUGGUACCAGGGAAGGACUUACAGGGAGCUCUGUCUUUACAGCAAAAGCACAAAGCAUUGGAUGUAGAAAUCAAUGCUCGGUGGCCACAAAUAAAAAAGGUUAUGGAAUCGGGAAACAAACUAAAGACCGAAAAGCAUCCAGAAAGUGCCGAUAUUUCGCUGAGAAUCGAUAGCUUGAAGAAAAAUUGGGACAAACUCCAUGAGCUUUGGACAGCAAAAGCAAAGCAACUGGAAGAUGCCUCUUCUGCCUACCAAUAUCAAGCAGACGCGAAUGAAGCCGAGUCUUGGAUGAAGGAAAAGAGGCAACUAAUGUCCAGCACUGAUUAUGGCAAAGAUGAACCAAGCGCUCAGGCUCUACUACAACGACAUGCUCGACUGGAAAGCGAGAUCAAAGCUUACAGCUCGGACAUCGAGAGAUUAAAUGAACAAGCUGAACUGAUGAUUAAGUCUGGAAUGGCCACAUAUUUUUUAUCCGAAACAGUCCAGGAACCGGAUGCAGAGGAAUGGGUGGAGGAAGUUGUAAUUGCCCCUGUCGACGAAUGGGUUGAAGAAAUUUAUGACAAAGAGGUUGUGAAAGAAGUUAUGGAAGACCGAAAAAUUCCUCAAGUUCGUGCUAUGUACAAAUUUUCUGGACAAGAUAUAGAAAUUGAUAAGGGUGAAGUGAUGAUUUUAUUGCAAAAGACAAAUGCUGAUUGGUGGAAUGUACGUAAAACAAAUGGCCACGAUGGUUUUGUCCCUGCAAAUUAUGUUACAGAAAUUGAGCCAAAGAUUGUACGGAAGAGAAAUCAAAAAGUGGUCAAAGUACCUGAAAAACGAAAAGUUAAGAAGACAGUUAUGAAAAAACAAAUUGUCAAAAAGAAGAAGCAACAGUUGCCAUAUAAAAAAGUCCUCUCUCGUUCUCCAAGCAAAUCUCAAGAAUUCAUCCAGAAAAAGCAAAAAAAUAUUAAUGAAUCAUAUACUGAACUGAUUGAAUUAUCGAAGGCUCGCAGACAUUACCUGGAAGACUCCAUCCAGUUGUAUAGCUUUUACCGAGAAUGUGAUGAUUUCGAAGCCUGGAUGAAGGAAAAGGAUAGAGUCCUCACAACUAGGGAUCCAAAGGAAGGGGUUGAAGUGAUGAAGAAAAAAUUUGAAAACUUUCUGACUGAUUUGUCUGCCAGUAGUCGGCGCAUAGAAGAGGUCGAUAGUUGUGUGGAAGAAUUUGUCCGUGCCAAACAUAGUCAGUUGGGUGCAGUCAAAGCUCGUCAAAAGCAAAUUCAUGACAGGUGGAAUGGUCUGAAUCAUCUAAAAACUGAAAUAGAGAAAAGUUUAGAAGGCGCCACCAGUGUUGAGUUAUUCGAAAGAACUUGUGAUGAUGCUUAUGAAUGGAUGUUGGAAAAGUUAGAGAAAAUAGAAACAGACGACAUUGGAAGGGAUAUGAAGACUGUGCAAGCCUUACAACGAAAACAUCAGAACUUGGAAAGAGAAUUAGCACCUUUAGAGGAGAAGUUUAAUCGUGUGAAUUUGCUUGCAGAUUCGGUUAAAGUUUCUUAUCCGACUGAAAGGGCCAAUGUUACUUCUCGGCAGCAGGAACUGAAUGAUAUGUGGGAGAGAGUGAAGGAAAAGGCAUCCCAGCGGCGGGCUCGCUUGGAUGAAUCCCUCGGUUUGCAGAUUUUUAGGAACAGUGCAAAGAGUUUGCUGGCCUGGGUGAGUGAUGUGAAACAAUCGUUGAACAGUGAUGAGCCAGCCAGGGAUGUUGCGACUGCCGAGAAUCUUUUGAAGAAGCAUCAAGAUCUUGGGGAUGACAUCGCUGCUCAUCAAGAUGAGUUUACGGACAUCCAAGGCUUGGGAGUAAAUUUGUUGCAGAAAAAUCCAGAAUCCGCAGAGAUACGAGAGGCUCUGGUUCAGUUACAGGAAGAGCAAGAUGCCAUUCAUCGUGGGUGGCAGGAGAAAGGAGAUUGGCUCAGGCAGUGCAUGGAUCUGCAGGUGUUUAACCGGGAAGCCGACCAAAUCGACAGCAUCACAAACAGCCAUAAUGCCUUCUUAGAAUUUGAAGAUCUUGGAACAACAUUGGAUGAUGUUGAAACAUUGUUGAAAAGGCAUGAAAAUUUCCUCAACACUCUUCUUGCACAAGAUGAGCGGCUAAGAACGUUUAGUGAAAUGGCAGACAAACUAAUUGCUGCUAGACAUUAUGAAAGCAAAUACAUUGACCAGAGGAGAAAGACUGUACUGGCUCAACGCCAGACUGUCAAGCAGAAAGCCGAACAAAGGAAAACUUUGCUUUUAUCAUCUCAUGCAUUUCAAGAAUUUAGAACAGAUGUUAAUGAACUCUCAGCUUGGAUCCAAGAAAAGCUUAAAACUGCUUCUGAUGAGUCAUAUAGAGAUUUGACAAAUUUGGAAAGGAAGUUGCAGAAACAUGAAGCAUUUGAAGCAGAGUUAAAAGCUAACGCUGAACGACUUGACGCUAUAAAUAAAAAUGGAGAAUCCUUGCUCACUGGAGGGCAUUAUGCUGCUGAUAAAAUCGAGGUUUUACUCAAACAACUGAAUGAGCAGUGGGAGGAAUUGUGUGCCAAGACCCUGGAAAAAGGGCAGAAACUGAGGGAAGCAAAUGCUCAGCACACCUACAACAGAACUUUAGAAGAUGCACGAACUAAAUUAGAUGAGCUUGAAAACUCUCUAGCCUCUGAUGAUCUCGGCCAUGAUUUGAGAAGUGUGAAGAAACUCCUUAAGCGCCAUCAGAUGCUUGAAAAUGAGCUUUGUACAUGGGAAACCAAAGUGACAGAACUUGUGUUCCUUGGUGAAGAAAUGGCAAGCCAAGGUCAUUUUGAUGCACAGAAUAUCUUAAAGGGCACAAAGUCUGUUACUGAAAGGUUUGCAAAGAUGAAGACUCCGGCAGCCGAACGCCGUCACACCUUGGAAGAGUCUUUGAAACUUCAUGAAUUUAAUUUUGAGGUAGACACAGAGAUACAAUGGAUCAAAGAACAUCUUCCCGCUGCAACAUCCCAAGUUUUGGGCCAAAAUCUAAUUGAUGCUCAAAACAUAUACAAGAAACACCAGAAAUUGGAGCGGGAAAUUCAUGGCCAUCAACCAAUGAUUGACAAGACACUGAAUGCUGGCCAGCAUUUAAUUGAUCAGAAACAUUAUGCAUCCCCUUCUGUGAAAAACAAAUGUGAAGAACUUCAGGAUUCUUGGAAAGAGCUCUUGGAUUGUGCUGCUGAAAGGAAAAAGAAGUUGGAACUGUCUCUGAAAUCUCAAUCUUUCUUUUCUGAGGCGAAUGAAGUAGAAUUUUGGAUGACUGAGAAAACUGACAUUUUAGAAAGUACUGAUUAUGGAAAAGAUGAAGAUGCUGCUGUGAAGUUGUUGACAAAACACAAAGCCCUAGAAUUGGAAAUUGAUACUUAUUCAAGCUUAUGUACCGAGAUGGGCCAUCAAGCACAAAUCCUAAUUGAUUCAAACCAUCCAGAUUCAAAGAUGAUAGGAAACAGAUUGCAAGUUGUGAACCAACAAAUGAAGAACAUCCAGAAGUUAGCUAACACCAGGAGACAGAAACUGAUGGAGUCGAAACAUUUGCAUGAAUACUACAGGGAAAGUGAUGAUUUGGAGAAUUGGAUCAAUGAGCAGAUGUUAAUGGCAAAUUCAGAAGAUUAUGGUCAAGAUUAUGAACAUUUAUUACUUCUUCAAAGCAAAUUUGAUGACUUCAAGCUGCGUGUAGAAUCUGGUUCUGAAAGGUUUAACCAGUGUGAAGAACUUGCUAAAAAGUUGAUUGCCAGUGAUAGCUCUUAUUCAGGGAAAAUAGAACAAAGACAACAACAUUUAAGGCAAGCUUGGUCCGUGUUGCUGGACAACAUCGAAGCCCGGGAUCAGAAAUUGCGAGCGGCGGGCGAAAUUCAUCGCUUCAAUCGAGACGUGGCCGACGCCCUGUCUCGCAUCCAGGAAAAAUAUGCCAGCAUCCCAGAGGACUUGGGUAGGGAUCUGAACAGCGUUCAAAACCUCAUCAGGAAGCAUGAAGGGUUCGAAAAUGAUUUGGUCGCUUUGGAAGCUCAAUUACAAAUUUUAGUGGAUGACAGUGCAAGGCUGCAGGGUUCCUAUCCUGGUGGAAAUGCUGAUCACAUUCUAGAACAACAAAACAUUGUGAUAGAAAACUGGAACACCCUUCAGGAAAGGGCAGCUCAAAGAAAAAUCGAGUUGCAGGCAUCAUACCAGUUGCAGAGGUUUUUGGCUUCUGUCCGUGAUGUCGAAAAUUGGGCACUGGGCUUGUGUUCGUCACUGAAAACAGAAGAAAAGGUUCGUGACGUGGCCAGUGCCCAAAUGCUGAAGGCUGAGCACGAGCAACUGAAGGCUGAAAUCGAAGCGAGGGAAGGUACCUUCGGAACCAUCGUCAAUGUGGGGGAGGAAAUGAUUGACGGUGGACACUAUGCCCAUGAAGAGAUUCGUGAGCGCUUGGAUCAACUUCUUGCUGUCAGAGGGGAACUACACACCGUGUGGCACAAGAAAAAAAUAUACUUGGACCAACUGUGCGAUUUACAAUGCUUCUUGAGAGAUGCUAAACAACUCGACACCUUGAGCAGUCAACAGGAAGUUUAUUUGUCUGGAUCUGAUAUGGGUAAUACAGUGGAAGAAGUGGAUGUGCUAGUUAAAAAGCACGAAGCCUUUGAAAAGCUUUUAGUGACUCAGAAUGAAAAAUUAAUUUCCUUGCAAGAACAUGGAACCAAACUUUUACAGCAGAAUCAUUUUGACUGUGAGACAAUUAGAACAAGAAUGCUUGAAGUUACUAAUAGGAGAUCCAAGGUUCGUGAUCUUAGCAAUAUUAGGAAACAAAAGUUAGCAGAUAGCUUCUUACAUGCUCAGUUCAAACGAGAUGCUACAGAGGCUGAAGCUUGGAUUGAUGAUAAAAAGAAGUAUUUGGAGGCUGAGCAGGACAUGAGUCAAAUUGCCAGUUUGGAAGACAAAAUGCGCAAACUACAGAAGCACCAGGCUUUCCAAGCUGAACUCUCAGCCCAUGAGAGCAAUAUCAACCAUAUUAAGCAGAAAGGAGAGUUACUUCUAUCUAAGAACCAUGAAAACUCGCUGAAGAUUCGACAACAGUUGGAAAAAUUAUUAAAGCAGUGGAAUGAACUGCUGUCCUCUUCAACGAGCUUGGGCCGUGGUCUCGAAGAAGCUCAAGAUAUUUUAGAAUUCAAUAAUCAAGCAGAAAAAAUUGAAGCAUGGAUCAGGGAUAAGGAAAUGAUGGUACAAGCUGGAGACACUGGCAAGGAUUUUGAACAUUGUCAAGCUUUACAGAGAAAACUUGAUGAUGUUGAUUCGGACAUGAGGGUAGAUGAAAUGAGAAUGAAAAACAUCAAUUCUCUUGCCAACAAGCUCAUCCGCCAAGGCAGGUCCGACAUUCAGUCCGUGCAGCAGCGACAAGAAGAGUUGAAUAAAAAAUGGAAAGCCUUGCAGGGUGCGUUGGAACUGUACCGAGAAAAACUUGCAAAUGCUUCCGACGUUCAUGCAUUUAAUAGAGAUGUUGACGAUACCAACGAUCGUAUAAAUGAAAAGUCCCUCGCCCUGUCGGUAGAGGAAGAGACGAAAGACUUACAAUCUGUCGAGGCGUCUCAGAGGAAACUGGAGACGACGGAAAGAGACAUGACGGCCAUAGAAGCAAAGCUCAAAGAACAUGAUGUUGAUGCUCGUCGUUUAAUACAAAAGAAUCCAGAGGUUUCUAACCAGACCAGACAAAAAUUAUCCGAAGUUCAAGACAAUUGGCGAAAAUUGAUGAAUUUUGCUCUUGCUAGGAAGCAGACACUUUCAUCAGCAUAUACUCUCCAUAAGUUUAUUUCUGAUUUCUCUGAGCUGGAAUCAUGGGUGAAUGAUAUUACCAACAGGAUGACAUCUGAUGAAUUGGCUACAAAUAAUUCUGAAGCCCAGAAUAUGCUACAGCUCCAUCAAGAACGAAAAGCGGAAAUAAAUGGCCGGCAAGAAGCCUUCAAGGGCUUGAAGGAGUUUGGUCAUCGCUUGCUGCAACAGAAACAUUCUGCCAAGGAUGUUAUUGAAUCCAAACUACAGCGUUUGGAGGAACUGAGGAGGAAUCUGACUCAGGUCUGGGAAGAAAGGAGACACAUGCUGACUCAGUGUAGAGAUCUGCAGGUAUUCAAAGAACAAAUUGAAGCUGCCGAAUCAUGGCUUUCUGCCAAAGAAGCUUUCCUUAAUAAUGAAGAUUUAGGUGAUUCAAUGUCAAGUGUAGAAGCUUUGAUUCGAAAGCAUGACAAUUUUGAAAAGACUAUGAGUGCUCAGAGCAACAAAAUUGAUGAACUGGAAACGUUUGCCACAGAACUGGUUGCGGCGAAGCACUACGACAAUUCGGCAAUCCAGAGUAAGUGCCAGGCAGUCUGUAGCAGGAGGGAUAAAUUGAAAGAAUGUGCUCUUGUUAGGAGGAAAAAGCUCCAGGAGUCCAGAGAGCUGCAGAAAUUUCUACGCAAUAUCUAUGAGGUUGUCGGCUGGAUAAACGAAAAACUGCAAGUUGCAUCGGACGAAUCUUACAGGGACCCCACCAACCUCCUCAGCAAAAUUCAGAAGCAGGCCGCCUUCGAGGCCGAACUUGCGGCCAACAAAGGUCGUGUGGAUGCGGUGAUGAGCGAGGGAGAGAAGCUCAUGAGCAGCGGACACUACGCUUCGUACGAGAUACAGAAUCUCCUCCAAGAGCUGGAAAUGCAUUGGAGGCAAUUGCUGGACCAAACUGCGCUGAAGAAAGAACGACUUCAAGAUGCAUAUCAGGCUCUUCAAUUCAACCGCAUGCUGGAUGAUUUGGAUAUGUGGAUGGAUGAAAUAGAAGUUCAGUUGCAAUCGGAAGAUCAUGGCAAAGAUCUCACCUCUGUACAAAACUUGCUGAAAAAGCAUCAGCAUCUGGAGACAGACAUCAACAACCAUGCGGAGAACAUAGAACAAAUCAAAGACCUUAAUACGAGCUUUCAGAACAGCAACCACUUUUUGAAAGAGGAAAUUGAAGAAAAAGCCUUAGCUACGGUCAACAGAUAUCAAUCUCUGCAUGAUCCAGUGCAAAUCAGGAGAGAAAACUUAGAAGACUCUCUCCUUCUGCAUCAGUUCAACAGGGAUGUAGAAGAUGAGUUGUCCUGGAUGAGUGAGAAAGAGCCUUUAGCAGCUUCAACGGAUUUGGGCAACAAUUUGGUGACGGUGCAAAAUCUUCAAAAGAAGCACCAGGCUCUUGAAGCUGAGAUUCAUGCCCACGAGCCCCUCAUUGCCGUAGUCAUCAGCAAGGGGAAGCAGAUGAUCAGGAUCGGGCAUUUUGCUGCUGUCAGCGUGGAAGAGAAACUGAACCAACUUCAGUCCUCUCUUCAGCAGCUGAAGGAUCUGUCGAGCAUUCGGAAAUUGCGGCUGCUCGAUGCCGUGGAGUCUCAGAUGUUUUAUUCUGAAGCUACUGAAGCAGAAUCUUGGAUCCGAGAAAGGAAGCCCCUUUUGCUUAGCCCAGACCUAGGAAAGGAUGAAGAUUCUGUCCAGUCCUUGAUGAAAAAACUUGAUGGAUUGGAAAGAGACAUUCACAAUUUCAACAAUAAUGUUAUCAAGUUAGCAAAGUUAAGUCAAGGGCUCGUCGAGAGAGGACAUUUUGACAGCGAGAAUAUUACAGAAAAGCAACAUCAAGUGGAGUCCAGUUACUCUGAGCUGAAGCAGUUGGCAGAGGAGAGAGGCUACAGGCUGCAGGAGAGCAGGAGGUUCUUCGGCUUCAUGAGAGAUGCAGACGAAGUGGCAGCCUGGAUUCAGGACCAGAUGCUCAUCGCCAGUUCGGAGGAUUACGGCAAAGAUGUCGAGCAUGUAGAGAUCUUGAUUCAAAAGUUUGAAGGAUUUCUCACCAUCAUUCACUCCAAUGAUGACCGUGUAUCGAAUUUGGAAAAUGCCACGGCCACCCUGCUGAAAGAAAACCAUCCGGAGUCCACCAAAAUUGCUGCCAAAAGUGCUGAAAUUGCCCACAUGUGGGAAGAACUGAAGGAAUGUGCUCAAUCCCGACAAGAGGCUUUAGCUGGAGCUAAACAAGUUCACACUUUUGACAGAAGUGCGGAUGAGACCAUCAGUUGGAUUCACGAAAAGGAUACUGUGCUGUCGAGUGAAGAUUUUGGACACGAUCUGGAGACUAUUCAAACUCUCAUCAGGCGUCAUGAAGGAUUUGAGAGGGAUCUGGCGGCUGUGAAAGAGCAAGUGGUGGCGCUAGUGGAAGAGGCUCGUCGACUGGCCUCUCAGUUCCCCGACGCCAAAGACCACAUAGACGUGAAGCACGAGGAUGUCGCCGAAGCGUGGAAUCAGCUGCUGGAAAAAUCGGCAGAACGGAAAGAUAAGCUUCAGCAGGCUGAACAACUUCAAGCUUAUUUUGAUGAUUACAGGGAAUUAAUGGCGUGGCUGAGCGAAAUGAUGGCCCUGAUAACCUCCCACGAAUUGCCCAAAGACGUGACCGGUGCAGAAGCUCUGCUGAUUCGCCACAAGGAGUACAAAUCGGAAGUGGACACCAGAGCGGAAAAUUUCAACAAGUUCUAUGAGACUGGCGAGCACAUCAUAGAUUCGGGCCACUUCAUGGCUGACGAGAUCAAAGACAAGAUCCUCAGGCUGAAGGGAGCUUAUGGCCAGCUCCAGACCACCUGGGAGAAGAGGAAUGUUAUUUAUGAUCAGAAUUUGGAUGCACAGAUUUUCAAGAGGGACGCUGAACUGUUGGAAGCUUGGCUGCAGAGUCGAGAGCCGAUCCUGUUCGACAAGCAGUGUGGGGACUCGAUUCUGGCUGUUGAAGAACUCAUCAAGAAGCAUGAGGACUUUGAGAAGACGAUUGAGGCACAGGAAGAAAAAUUCUUUUCUCUCAAGAGAAUAACUAAGCUGGAGGAAGCAUUUUCCAAACAAAAAGAAGAAGAGGAGCGCAACCGAAAAGCAGAAAUUCAACGCAAGGAACAAGAAAGAUUGGAUGCCAUCAAACGCAAAGAACAGAAAAGAAUUCUGGAGGAGAGACGAAGGGAAGACGAAAGAAGGCGUACCCAAGAAAUCGUCCUCAAAAAGCCAGGCGACGAGAGACCGAUCGAAUACGAAAUCGACGGCAAGGGCGAGACAUCGCCCUUGCCCUCCUCUCCUAAAAAUGUUCCUGAAAUCCGCCAUCCUCCGGGCCUUUUGCGGGCCUCCAGUCAGAAGAGUCUGGAUGGCGACAAGUUGUCCGUCAAGCGAGGGGAGAGCAUGAGGGUGGAAGGCUUGAGUCCCUGGAAGGCCGCAGAGUCUCCGGCACACAUGAAGAGAUCCGAGAGCAUGAGGCUGGACGAGAGGCAGAAGAAGCCCAAGCGUACACCAAGCUUCACCACCCGUAGGCGCACCCAGAGCUUCCGUAGGCAGAGGACGCCUGCAGAUCUUCCUCCGGUCGAGAUCGAAGGAUUCCUGGACAGGAAACAGGAACUGCAGAGUGGAGGAAAGAGGGCGACCAUCAGGUCGUGGAAGACAUACUACACGGUCGUAUGCGGUCAGUUGUUGUGCUUUUUCAAAGACAAAGAGGCAUUCGUGGACAACAGUGCUGCAGCUCCCCCGGUGAGCCUGCUCCAGGCAAAGUGCUCAAAAGCUUCUGACUAUACCAAAAAGAAACAUGUUUUCAGGUUGCAGCUGGCGGAUGGCGCAGAGUUCCUGUUCAUGGCCCACAGCGAGAAGAUCAUGCAUGAUUGGAUGAAUAAAAUCUCCUUCCAUGCUGCCCUGCCCCCCAGCAUGCAGCUCAUGCGGUACGAAACCCAGAAGAGCAACAGUUCCGACAGUGUCGGUUCCAGCGUCAAGGCCUCCGGAGAUGGCAUGAUCGGUAAUAACGUCGGCGAUCACCACGACACCACGUCGGCGACAUCCAGCCAGGCGUCCACUCCUGAACUUCGGAGAGCCAUAGCCACUCACACGGCUGCACAGUCCGAGAGGAGGCCACACCCUCCCCCCUACGACGAAGCCCUGCUACGUGAGAAGCCCAAGCCCCCUGUUCCCCCCAGAAAUGUCCCUUCCAGACCCCUGUCAGAUCCAUCCAGCAGAUUGGCAAAGCAAGAAUCUUCGAUAUCGGUGAAGAGCCGCAUAGAGAUGUUCCAGAACCAGCAAAAUUCCAGUCCUCCCCCAGUUGCUCCCAGGAUGGCUUACCCAGCUGUUCAAAACCAUCACAAUGGUACAGCCAUCAUCAAUAAUCGAAAUUCUGUCCACUCCGUGCGAGAUUUCCAUCACAGCAUGGAUAUGAAUUCUGGUUCUUAUAAUGAAAAUGAUCACUCUAGUUUACCCAUAAGCACUGCACCCCCUCCCCUCCCCCAGAAACCCCCACCUACCGCUCUGCGUAACGCAGUCAUCCCCGACUCGGAUGAUGACUGGCAUCCCAUGUCAGACAGUGAAAUGGAUAAACAUGCGAUGUACCGAAGACCGGAACUGAAACCGCAGAAUUCGGAGUUUAUGCAGUAUAGGCAGUCUUACGACUCCAUGGAUUCUUCUCACGCCAGGCACAUGUCCCUCCCCCACAAAGUGCAGCCCCUCCCCGGCAAUAGGCCCUUCUCCACCCUCGACAUAAGAUCCCGAACCACCUCUUCCGAGGGGUCCUCCGAAGGAGAGAUCGUCAGCAACGACCGGAAAAUCAAAGAGAAGAAAAAGGGAGGAAUGUUCGGUUUCCUCAAAAAGAAAUGACGUAUUCAUAUAUAUAUAUAUUUCAAAUUGUUGUAAAUUUCUAAAGAGAUUAUAUAUUUUGUAUAUAGACGGACACGACAGCUGGUUUUGUCUUACCUGGAGAGAUAUUUGAGUAUUUGUAUAUAAAAUAUGAAUUUGUUAGAUUUUUUUUAGAAGGGUUUCAAAGUUUUAAAUUUGUGUCGAAUUUUAUUUCAAAAUGGAUUAUCGAAUAGAAUUGCAGGUCAUCUUAAAUCAUCAUUUCCCGAUCUCGGCACGGGACGACUGAAUCAUUUGAACAUUGUCGAUCGAAACUGUGCUUGGGUUUUCAUAAACAGUAGAGUGUGACACUCUCACAAACAUAUCCUGCGUUUCGUUGAAUGCAAUUUCUUGCCGCUUUUUGAAUUGUUUUAGGGGUCGAUCCAGGAUUUUUUUUUUUUAGGUCUGCAUUUUCGGAUUAAAAAAAAUUAUUGUAAAAUUUCAUAUCAUAAAAGGAAUUUUUAGCAAUCACAGUUCUAAUGAGAAACCGCUUUGACCUUAAAUACUGUGCUAGAAAAUGACUUGAAAGGUUUUUUUUUUUUUUUUUUUUAAAUAUGUCCCGUUUUCAGGUUAGCUCAUCGAGCUUACAAGUUAGAAAGAGCUGUCCUUACAAAUGAAAUGCGAAAGGACGAAUUUUAAGGAAUACGAUUUUGUGAAGCAAUCGUAAAACGGACCCAAUUUGUGUUUGGAUCGACCAAUGCAUUUUUUAAAGCUUUUAUAUUAAAUAACUUGAAAAAAGGAGCAGUAUGCUUUGUUGCAUUUUUAUAUUGUUUUGUAAAAUAAAGUUGUUAUAUAAAAUUUAAAAAACUAUUGUGAAAUGUUUUAUAUUUUUUCCAAAGCUGUUCUUCAUGCAACUAUUUUUCUUAAUAUGUGUGCAAUAAAUGUAUGUAAAGUCACAUCCGCUAUUAAAAUUAAGCAUGUUUUGAAAGAGUUGUUUAUUUAUAGUGAAACAAGUCAGCCUCAUACACAUGCAGUCAAUUAAAAAUAUUUAUUUGUACACACAAAUUUAUCACCCGAAUACAAUGAAACAUCACAUUUAUAUGGAAUGCUUUUUCAAGUAAAACAACAUAGAAAUAUAUAUUCUUGUAAAAGACCAACUUUUAAAAAAUGUCCUGCAUUUUUCGUAGGUAAGAUAUACAAACCUGGAAAACUUCAAAAACAGAAGUAAAACAAAAAUUAAGUAUGCAAAAUUAUUUUGUACACAAUAUUUGUGCAGUUAUCUUCAACAGUGUCGACGCAUAUAAAUCAUAAUGUGCAUAAGAACGUCAGUUCAAAAGAUUAUAAAAUUUAUAUCGAAAUUGCAUUCAGAGAAAUUUAUUUGUAAUUCAGCAACGAUUAUUAGAGUUGAAGAAUUAGCAGUCUUCAUCAGUUCUUUUCAAACUUUCAAUCCCAUAGUUUAUUAAAAUAUUUUCAUAGUGCUAUUUAACAUUUUUAAUUAAAGUACCAUAUAAAUUAAGCAAAAAAAUGUAUAUAUAUUUACAACUUUAAUUUUAAUACCUAUGUUAAUUUUUACAGGAGUACAAUUUGCAAUACUAAACGUUAUUUCAUAAUUGUUUAAAUUUUGACAUUCAAACAAAAAAUAAAUUAAUAUAAGUAAGGUUUUAUAUUAAAAAUUAUACAUUAAUUUAUUUUUAGUGGAUAAGUUUAUAGGCCAAAUAUGAUGGCCAAACGUUAUAAGUUAAUCUGUAAAUCUGCU